GCACUGGAAGGACUUGGCACCGAACUAAUCGAUCGCCGAUGUCAUUAAACAGCAGCGCUGGUAGUUGCCGGUACCGGUGAGAAGCGGAAGAGAAGCUCACAAUGGGGGGAAAGAACAAGCAGAGGACGAAAGGGAACGUCCGGCCGUCAAGCAGUGGAAGGGCCGCAGAGUUACUUGCCAAGGAAAGUGGCACAGUACCCGGUUUUAUUGGAUUUGGAACGCCACAGAGCGACCUGGGUUAUGUCCCUGCCGUGCAGGGUGCGGAGGAGGUUGACAAUCUGGUUGAUGCAGAUUUCCGAAUGGUCCUGCGCAAGCUUUCCAAACGUGACGUCACCACAAAGCUAAAGGCGAUGCAAGAGUUUGGUGCAAUGUGCAAGGAAAGAGAGAUGGAGAUUGUCAAAGGUGUCCUUCCAUAUUGGCCUAGGAACUACUGCAAGAUCUCCUUGGAUCAUGAUCGUAGAGUGCGGGAAGCCACCCAGCAAGCCUUUGAGCAGCUUAUCCUGAAAGUGAAGAAGUAUUUGGCCCCUCAUUUAAAAAGCCUCAUGGGGUUCUGGCUCAUCGCCCAGUGUGACACUUACUCCCCCGCAGCCAGUGCAGCCAGAGCCGCCUUUGAAGCAGCGUUUCCUCCGCACAAACAGCCCGAAGCUUUGGCGUUCUGCAAGGACGAAGUUUUGAACGUUUUACUUGAUCAUCUCCUGAAAGAAACACCGGACUCGCUGAGUGACCCGCAGACCGUUCCGCCUGAAGAAAGAGAAUCGAAGUACUUCAGGGUUGUGACGUGUUCUUUGCUGGCUUUGAAGCGUCUCUUUUCCAUGUUGCCAAGCAGUGAGAAUGACGCCCUACGAGAGCGGUUGGCCCACCUGCUGGCGCAGAGCAAGUUCUGGAAAUACAGCAAACACCAGUCACCUAACAUUCGCUCAGCUUUCUUUGAGCUGGUCUCCGCUUUCUGCCAGCAUCUGCCAUCCCUCAUGAAUGGUGAAGCGCCUCGCGUGUGCCCGGCUGUGCUGCUGAGUAUUGAUGAGAGUGAUGCUGUGGUGUGCCCGCCGCUCUGGGAGGCUGUUCUGUACACACUGACCACUAUAGAGAACUGCUGGGAUCAUGUAAAUGCCAAAAAGGGGGUUUUACCAAAGCUGUGGACAGUGCUGCGAGAGGGAGGACGGGGACUGGCCACCAUAAUCUUCCCCAACCUGCUGCCGUUCAUUAGCAAAGUGCCGGGAGAAACCACACAGCCGCGGAUGGACUUCUACAAGACCUUGUUUGACUCUUUAAUCCAAGGCCUGUCCAGUGAACGAGCCAUCGCCAGCCCCACAGAAUGUUCCGCCAUACUGAGCGCCUACACUGAUUGCUUGCGCUUUACCAUGCAGGAAAACAUGGGAGACGUUGAGGAACAUGCGAAGAUUCGACGGUCGCUUAUUAUUGAUCAGUUUAUCCCUCUUAUCGAUUCCUCAUUAAGAGAUCGAAAACUACAGAGUGGUCCACUGUUUGGCCAAGUGGAGGAGACCGUCCAUUCUUGGGAGAAGAAAGCGGAAAGCCAAGAGCUGGGAGGAGAUCUCCCUAAGACUUAUUCUGCUGUGCUGUCGUUAUUUUGGGAGAGUUUGGAGCAAGUGUGUGUCACCCAUGUGGACGUCGUAGAAGCUGGAGAGCGGGAACUGGCCGGAGUCUCAGGACUUCUUCAAGUCAUGCAAAACCCGAAUUGUUCUCCAAAGGCGACUAAAAAGAAAAAAGGCAAAAUCAGAUUUACAGAUGAAGAAGACGAUGGGAAGGAUUGUGUUCUGCUGGAGCCUCAGCCUGUGGAAUCUCCCUCGACUCCAGUUUACCUUACAAAGGACAGGGAACGGGGGUUGAAUGACUUGAGACAGAAGCGUCUACUGGACUUGGUGUGUAAGCUGGCGGAGCUGAGCAUGGUGUACAUUGCUGAGCAGAGAUCCAACCGGCACCUGCACUUUCUGGCGGCUAUCCUUAGUGCCUUCUCCUCGGUACGGGUAUUCCAGGUGCUUUUGGACCAAAGCAAUAAGGAUGACUCAAAGUUGAAUCCACAAAAUCCAGCUGUGGAGUUUUUGCAUCAGAAAUUAACAAUCUGGCUGCGAGAAAACACCCAAGACGAUGCUGACUUCUUAGUAGACAUCCUAUAUAGCGUCCUGAAUUGUUGUCCUGAAACUUUGGAGAGAAAAGUUCUUUUGGACGACUUGGUAAAGAUGGAUCUUCAGUGGCAUGUAUUCCUUUCCAUCAUUCAGAAGGCUUGUUCGGAUUCCGUGAAACACUCCCUGAUACGUGACUGGCUGAAAGGCGAUAUUCUGGGUGACAAGCUGAUCUCUCUAGCAAGUGAUCUGUGCAGCAUAGGGUUAAUAGACCGGACCAGGCAACCAGAGCCAUACUGCAGCCAUAAAUGGGCUCUGCUGAGUUUGGUGCUAUCAGAACAUGUGAAGAACGAGUCUUUGAUUGGGGAGGUCUAUGUGGAGAAGAUAGUUGAUAAACUCCAUUGUGCUCUGACUAAAGCCAAAGACCUCUCUGAAUCCGGUGACAUUGAGCAGUCUGUGUCCUUCAUCUGUGAUGUGGCCUCCAACUUCUUCAGCUCUGUAAAAGACUGUUUGCAGAUGCCAUCAGCCGAGGACCUACUUCUCACCAUUUUCCAGCUCUGUGCUCAGCCCUCGGACACCACUCAUUUAUCAGAAGCAUUAUUGUUGAAGCUGAAGCACACCUGGAUGUCUGGACUGAAUUCACUUGUCCACCAGUUCCACAAUAUACCCCAAGGAAGCACGUUCCUGAACCGCUCAGCCCAGUGGGUCAAAGAACAGAUUGAGACGUCACACCUGACUGUUCAGAGUUUACAGUCACUUAUAGUCUCUGUCGAUGACCUACAUGGCAAGAUUCUGCAGUCUGGUCCGUCUGCUUCUCAUAUACUGGCUGAACAUGUGUCCCGAAUGAUGCCACGUGACGAGAGUUGGCAGAAGAUGCGCCAGUGUCUCCCAGGACAGUGGUCAAGCAAACCUAUCUUGGAAGGCCGAUUAAGCAUGAACUCGGAAACAUCUGGGACAGAUCUUAAAUCAUUCCCUAAAACUUGGCUUCCCCACCACCUCUGCGCGGCCUCUCUACUCAGCAAAAUGGCUUUCCGAAUGUUGACGAGUGACGGAGCUUCAAAAGACGAGGAAAUUGAAAGGAAAAUAAUCAUUGCCGUGGCAGAGAUGCUGUAUAGCUUACAGUGGUGCGAGGAGCUAGAGAGACCCCCAGCUAUUAUCACAGAGUGCCGCCAUAUGCUACAGACAAUGGACAUAACCCACGACACAGUGAAGGCGCUUGCUGGCCAUCGUUCUGCUCUGCUGGAGCUGCUCCACACCAGGUCAUUAGAAAGUGGCACAAUCUGGUCCUUGACUCUCCACAAGCUUAUCCACUUGGCCAGUCCUGGACGCGAUGAGCUGAAACGGCUGACGGCAGGCACACAGAGUUAUUUCCCUGUGACUCAAGGCAGCCUGCACACCAUCCAGUGUCUGUCCACAUUCUUACAUAGUAAUGAAAAGGAAUCUGUGAUAAUCCAGUUUGUCUCCCGCCUUAUGUCCUGUGCUGUGACCGAUUUGUCUUGUACAGAUGGAGGGUUUGGUUUUCUUGCCAUUAUCAAUUCGUGCCUGGACGCAGAGUCUAUUCCUUCUCCUGAUCUCCUUCCGGGAAUUCUAAAAGUCAUUCUCACGUGGAAAAACGCUCGCGAGGAUCUCUUUCUGUUCAGCGGUCAUUUGCAGGACGCUGGCCUGGACUUAGUUGGGCUGAAUGUGGAAAUCAUUCGAUUCUUCUCACUUCUCCUGAAAUACUCGGCUUCUGCCUUACCUUCUCUGGAGGACGCGGAGUGGGACUUUAUAAUGUGCUCCAUGUUAGCAUGGUUAGAGACUGCGUGUGAGAGCUCGGCCCUCUACCAUGUACCACUGGUCCGGCUGUUUGCUUGCGUAAGUUACAGCCUGGCUUCAGAUUUAUCUGUCUGCUUUCAAUCUGUCACCACGAGCGCCGCCGCAGAGCAACUUCCCGCAAAACUUAUCUCGGAGUGGAAGGAAUUCUUUUCUGAAGGCAUCCACGGCUUACUGUUACCGAUGUUGGUAAAAAUAGCAGGGGAGAGCAAGGCGUCCGAGGUUUCGGAUCACUCCUCCGUGCUGCAGUCUCUGGGCCACGCUUUGUCCUUCAUCUCAAAGGAGCAGCUGCUGAACCACGACCUCCCGGCCAGGUUUGUCGCUGGACAGAAGAGCAACCUCCCGGACGGCCUUCAGAGCUUGCUGAAUACCCUGUCCCCGCUCCUACUGUAUAAAGACCGAGCCGUUCAGAUCACAGUCUACCACAUGCUGAAGAAAAUUAUGUCCGACCUGCCAGCGUUUGAUGAAGACCAUGGAUCUGAAGAUGAAGAGGAACCUGCUUUGUCUCCACCAGCCGCCCUGAUGUCCGCCCUCGCUACUCUAGAAGACUUAGUAGAAGCUCUUCUCGAAGGAAUCCAAGUAGGCGAAUUUGCCGUGAUCCAGCCAUUGAAAGAAGAGUUCUGCUUUGUUCUUGGUUAUCUUCUGACUUGGAAGCUCAUACUGACUUUCUUUAAGGCUGCGUCAUCACAACUGCGGGCGCUCUACUCUCAGUACCUUCGAAAGACAAAGAGCUUGAAUAGACUGCUUUACAACUUGUUUAAGCUGAUGCCUCAUACACCAGUAUUUCCUGGCCAAGUGAGCGAUGCAGCCUGCAAAGAGCCCAAAACCUUCUUUACUGAAGAGCUAGCCUUAACGGUGCAAGGUUGUGCCACGCUGCAGUACGAGAUCCCCCACUUGGCAUGUUGCGUUUACCACAUCACAUUGAAGGAUUUACCGGCGAUGGUCCGCCUGUGGUGGAACGGCUGUGAGAAGAGGAUCUUCAGCGUGGUCGACAAAUUUACUACAAAGUAUGUGAGCGGAGUGCUGUCUUCUCAGGAAAUCUCAUCUGUGCAGUGCAGCACGCAGAUGUUCGACGGUAUGACGGUCAAAGCUCGUCCUACUACCCGGGAAGUCAUAGCCACCUAUUCCGUGGAUGACAUCUGCAUAGAGCUCAUUAUUCAGCUGCCACAAAACUACCCCCUGGGGUCAAUCACCGUAGAAAGCGGCCGGCGAGUAGGCGUGGCGGUUCAGCAAUGGCGCAACUGGAUGUUACAGCUCAAUACCUACCUUACUCAUCAGAACGGGAGCAUCAUGGAAGGUCUGGCCCUCUGGAAGAACAAUGUGGACAAGCGGUUUGAAGGAGUUGAAGACUGCAUGAUCUGUUUCUCGGUCAUUCAUGGUUCAAAUUAUUCGCUACCUAAAAAAGCCUGCAGGACCUGCAAGAAGAAGUUCCAUUCUCAGUGCCUGUACAAGUGGUUUACUUCAAGCAACAAAUCGACAUGUCCUCUGUGCAGAGAGAUGUUCUUCUGAGAGCUGCCAGAAGUUCUACCCACUCAGAAGCUUCUCUGUAGAUCCACCCAGGACACUGUUCUCCACUACUGAUUGAAGGACCUGUGUGUGAAUAUCUUUUGUUUUUAAUCUCACCACCCAUAACCCACCCCAGCUAUAACAUUGGAUACCGGAUCUCCUGUAAUAUAUCACAGAGAGUGUAAAUCAGACUGCAGUUGCAAGGGUUAAUUUUAGGGGAAGGAAAUUUGCAUUUUAAAAACUGGUGGAGUCACAUGGACAGCAAUAAAAGCCACAUAACUUGUAA